UCCCUUCCGUGUUUGCCGUAUUUAGUCUGAAGUGUCGCAAGUCAUAACAGCACACAAGCGUCUUCUCUAAAUAUAGCAUACAUUUACCUUGUCAGCAUGUUGUUUGUUUGCUGUACGAGUGAUCUAUAUUAGAUUUCACUUAAAUGUAUUAAAUUAUGGAACUGACCUCUGCCAGAUCAACGUAUUAUGGUGACAUCGGUCACUGGGCAGACCGUACGCCGGUACAUGAGGCUGCGUCUCUGGGUCGCGCUCUGCAGCUACAGCGGCUGAUAGAGGCAGGAGCAUCAGUUAAUAUCGUCUCUGUGGAUAACUUCACACCUCUGCAUGAUGCCUGCAUCCAAGCCCAUCCGAACUGCGUUAAAAUACUGCUGGAGGCUGGAGCUCAGGUGGAUGUACGCACCAUCCAUGGCAGCACUCCUCUGUGCCACGCUUGUGCUGCUGGCAGUAUAGAAAGUGUAAAGCUGCUGGUGGAUCACGGAGCAUCGGUCAACCCUUCCCUGACCGCCCUCACAGCUUCCCCCCUCCACGAGGCCUGCAUACGAGUGACACUUUACAAGGUUUGCAUCAACACUGUUUUUAUGCGGUUUAUAUUUUCAUCAAAAGUACAUCUCUAUGCAGGAAACCCAGACUGUGUGAAGCUGAUGAUAGCCAAGGGAGCGCUGCUGGAGGCCUUUGACAUUUACUUUGGGACACCCUUACAUGCUGCCUGUGCUAAAGCUCAUUUCGAUUGUGCCCUGUUGCUGCUCAAUGCAGGUGCAAAAGUGAAUGCCACAAAGUUCCAUGAGACGGCACUGCAUCAUGCGGCCAGAGCGGAGAGAGAGGAUCUGGUGGAGCUGCUGGUGGAGUUCGGUGGAGAUGUCAACAUAAGUGAUAACUUGGAUCAUAUACCCAGAGACUACACAAAGCCAGACUCUCCUACUAAUCUUUGUCUACUGCAAUAUGAGAGUAACCCGCUGUCUCUGCAGCAGCUGUGCCGUAUCAUCAUGAGGACUAUGGUGGGCACCAGAGCAAUGGAGCUGAUCCCCAAACUGGACAUUUCACAGCGCAUCAUUGAUUACCUCAUGUUUAAAUCAUAGAUCAGUUCUGAAUAGACUAAUUUAAUGCAUUACGUUUUGUGGAGUCUUAAUUUUGCAUCUAACAAUUGAAUAAAGCUGCUGUUAUUUUGAUUUAAUUUAAUAAUUUUAUUUGCUAAAUGUUAUAGAAUGCAUUAUAUAAAAACAAUACUGCUAUGUGUGCACCUAUUCAUUGUACACAUUGCUGUCAACACUGCCAAUUUUACAUUGUCCUGUUUUUUGGUAGUGUGCUGUUGUAUGUCGUUGUAUUUGCACUGUCUGUAUUUUGUACUGUCAUUGUAUUUGCUGAUGAUGUGACAAUAAAAGUGAUUUGAUUUGAUAUAGUACAACACAUAUUGGCGGUUCAUUCCACUGUGGCAACCCCUGAUUA